AUGGAAAACAAUCUUGCUUCGAGCUCUGCAAGCCAAAUGGACGUGAUGCACCGGCGCCCGUCGCUUUCGCUGUUGCUGUCGGCGCUGGGGUACACGUCGCUGGGUUACUCGCCCGCCAAUGGGCCCCCCGGGAUGCAGCUGGCGGUGCCGUCGUCGAACCUGGCGACGCCACAGAUGCAAAACGCCCGCAUUGUCCAGCGCCCCCACCCCGUGUGGAUGGGCCAGGGCACCACGGGGGUGUGGGUGGAACAGCAGUUGGCAGGCGCCCCCGCCGGCGCCGCCCCGGGGCCAUUGAAGGAUGACGGCGCCGAAGCGGGCGCGCACGCGGCCGACAGCACCCACGACGACGACGACGAUGACGACGACGACGACGAACUUAUCCCCACCGCUAUCGUCAUCAAAAACAUCCCCUUUGCCAUCAAAAAAGAGCAGUUGUUGGACGUGAUGACUAAGCUCAACUUGCCUCUCCCUUAUGCGUUCAACUACCACUUCGACAACGGCGUGUUCAGAGGGUUGGCGUUCGCCAAUUUCACCCUGACCGACGAGACGCUGUUGGUGGUCAACCAGUUGAACGGGCGCGAGAUCGGCGGGCGCAAGUUGCGGGUGGAGUACAAGAAGAUGUUGCCGUUGCAAGAGCGCGAGCGCAUCGAGCGCGAGAAGCGUGAGAAGCGCGGCCAGUUGGAAGAGCAACACCGGUCGACGCUGAACGCCCUGUUGGCGCUGCUUUUGCUGGCAGCGCUGACCACCGCCGCCACUAAAAACUUGAGCGUCAACGGCGCCCCGCUGGCGCUGACUACCGAGCGUGUCUACUUGCAGUUGCCGGUGACGCCAGCGUUCGCCCACCCCCAGCCGAUGGAACUCAACUUCAACGACCCCGAGACGUUGGAGUUGUUCGCCCAGUUGGUGGUGUACCGCGACGACAUCGCCAAGCAGGUGUUCGAGCUCGCCAUCGCCGCGCAAGGAUUGCUGAUCCCUCAGCGCAAGGUGUUGACAGCGUUGUGCCAGUACCUUAACCUUUUGGAGUUGUUCGACAACGGCUACAUCAUCGUCAGGCGCAAGCCCGGCUACGUGGCGCUGCUGGUGGGCAACCAGCUGCCGGGGACGUUGGCGCAGCCGCCGGCGCCGCUGCACUCGUCGCUGAUGAUGAACUUGAACCAGUUGACGGCGAUGCCGGCGCCCGCUCCUGCGGCGCCGCAAGCGCCUCCGGCCCACCCGGAGUUGUUGAGACUGCAACUGCAGCUGGCGUUGCCGAUGCCGCGGGCGACGGCGUUGCGCAACCAGCUGACAACGCCGAUCCAGCAGCAACACUUCCCCCAGUACCAAGGGCACCAGCCCCUCGGCGGCGCCGCCCCGCCGCAAGCGCCGAUUCUGAGGGCGCCGGCGGGGGCGCCCCACCAAUUGUACCAGCAGCCGGCGCUCAACGGCGCCCGUGCCGCCGCCGCCGCUCGGCUGUAUGUCGACAUGAGAGGCACGCCGCCGUUGCUGACGGAGCUGCCGACCCCGGGCCAGCCUCAGGCGCUCUUCACGCUGGGGUUGGGCCAGCUGUCGCAGCCCGGGACCCCGUUGGGCCACCCGGACAUUAGCUCGCGGUUCCAGCCGUUCGGCCACCACGUCAAUGGUAGCUUGACGAACUUGAGCCAGGGCGCCCCCUCUUCGACCCUGGCGGCGAGCCAGGGCGAAUACGACUUGUUGGGCAACAAGUUUUCCUCGUCGUUGAACCUUGGCCCCACGUUCGACGGCAACCUGGGCAUCUGGGGCCCCAAGUGA